AUGUUAAUUUUUCAAGAUAUAUAUGACCCCAAUUUAAUUGAAUUAAAACUCCUUCACAACAUUAUCGAAAUUAAUAGAGGGGAACGACAUGGAAUUAUUACGUCAAAAACUCAAGAUGUAUCUUUAGCUAAAAAAAUUUUACAAAGUGAUUCUGAACACAUCAAAGAAUUGGUAAAAACGUUCGUCCCAUUCACACCCAGGCCAGCCUCAUUACGAUUAACUUACGGAAAAAAGCCCACAAUCAACGAAUUGUUCCCGAUGAAUACGCAACCCAAGAAUGGUAUGAAAACGACGAAAGCUCAGAUCAAUUGGAAUGGAACCAAAUUUGGUGAAAAUAUGGGAGGAAACGAGAUUCGUGAAUUUGACGUCUAUGCAGAAAAUUUUUAA